AUGUACAGCUCUCCUCCAUUGAAGCGCAUUCUGACCUCCAUUGAAGCGCAUUCCGAGCUUUCCAACUCCAUUGUAGCAGCUUCGAGUUGGGUUGGGUUACAUGUCUGGGUUUACAUGGCUGCUGGUUCUGGGUUUGCAGGGCUGCUGGUUUUGGUUAUCAAGCUUAAAGAUUCGGGCACGAAGACCCCAUUCAUGGUGGACGAUCAGGACCGUGUUUGUGUCGAGGAUGUAGAGGAUGAUGAUGAUGACUUCUCUGGGGAUGGUGAUGAGUUGUAUGAUGUGAACAAGGAGCCUGAUUUGGUUUCUGAGACGGUUGGUGAGAAUGCUACUUCCCACAAUCAAAGCCAAGGACAAAGUGGAGGAGGGGUGAGGGCACCGGCUAAGAAAAAGGUGAGGGGUCUGACGACAAGUUUCAAGAAACCCGUCGGUCCCAUGGUCCUGGAGUACGACAAGGCGGGCCAACCUAUAGGCAAAUUCCGUCGUCCAUAUGCUAUUCACGUUGGCAUUUGUGAGCGUAAAAUCCCGAUUACACUUCGUAUGCGGGAAGUACCUCCAGGCUUGAUUGACACAUUUUGGAAUGAUACAAGGAGUCUGUUUAAUAUUUCUAAUGAUGCCGCCAAGCAAAGGGUGUUUGAAUCUUUGCUAGCGGAAAGAUUCAGAGGCUUCAAGAGCGAAUUAGUUCGUGGUUGGAUCACAAAGAGGAAGAAAAAACCAAAGAAGAAGAAAGGCAAUGAUGAUGAAGUCAUCAAUGAAGAGCUACUCCCAUGGAAAAAAUGGCCAAACAUAUCGAAGGAUGAUUGGGAAGCUUUUGUUAUUCAACAAAGUACAAAGGAAGCAAUUGAACUGAGGGAGCAAAAUUCCAAAAAUGCAAAGAUGAAGCAAUACACCCAACGUAUGGGGUGUAAGACAUUUGGUGAAUGGAGGGAAACGUGGGUCAAUGAAGGAGUAUACCCCACUUCGCUACUAGGGUCAUCCAAAGGACCCUCUUCUUCCACGAUCACUACGCUGGUGAGUCGUGCUGGUGAUUUCUUCUAUUCACUGCAUGCGCGUGACAAGGAGACCGGAAAAUGGGCCAUCAAGGCUCCGGAAACCAAAGAAAUGGCUGAUAAGCUCAUUGAACACACUGAAGAACUGGUUGAAGGCAAGCUCGUCCCAAGUGUAGAAAAAGACCCUUUCACCUUGGCUUUGGGAAAGCCCUACCAUCCAGGACGGGUAGUAGGUGCAGGAGGGUCAUUGCUAGGGUGGGAAAAGGUGAUGGGUCCAGAGUAUACCAAAUCAGGAAGAUCCCGAGCAAGUGUGAACUCACCUCAUGACUUGGUUUCCACGGUGGCAUCGAUUAAGGAACAAGUCCGCAACGAGCUCGUAAGUGAAUUUAACGCUUGGGCGAAGCAAAUGAACCUACCGAGCUUGCUUUCCCCUCGAAUACACCCGUCGACUCAUGUAGUCACCCAAAAGGACAAGGGGAAGAUGAUAUACAUGGAGACGAUGAUGCAAAUGAGGGUGGUACGCCUACACAUGUGA